CUUAUCCAAGCGUGUUUCCAUCCCAACGGCACAUUACAAUGAUACACUAUCCUCAAUUCAUCUUCCUGCUCACUACAACCCACCUUCCCUCACUCUAACUAUGGCUUCCACCUUCCAUCUCUCUACUCCCUUUUCUCAAAUCCACCCUCUCAAACCCAAACACCGUUUCACCUCUCCCUCCCUCUUCAUCAUCCUCUCCAAAACCCAUCUCUCCCACAAUCUCAAACCCAUCCACACUCGAAAAUUCACCAUCAACUCCACCGACAUUUCAAACGAAGAACAACAACUACAACAAGAACAACUACAGCAAGAACAACUACAACAAGAACAACAAACUUUAUCCGAUUCAGAAAAGCUUCGCCUGGAAGAGAAAUUCGCUGUCUUGAACACCGGAAUCUACGAAUGUCGUUCCUGUGGGUACAAAUACGAUGAAGGUGUCGGUGACCCUUCGUAUCCCAUUCCACCUGGCUAUCAGUUCGAGAAGCUUCCGGAUGAUUGGAGAUGUCCUACUUGCGGCGCGGCGCAGAGUUUCUUUGAGAGUAAAAGCGUUGAGAUUGCUGGGUUUGCUCAGAAUCAACAGUAUGGACUUGGUGGAAAUUCUCUUACUUCUGGUCAGAAAACUGUGCUUAUUUAUGGUACUCUGUUGUUUUUCUUUGCACUUUUUCUUAGUGGUUACUUCAUACAAUAGUUUUUAUUAUUAUCAUUCUUUUGAGUUUUCUAAAUUUCUGUUGGAUGUUGUGGUUUUUGAUUGUCCAAUGCUUUGUUGGUGACAAAUGUAUGUAAUGUUGUCAAUACUCAAUAGUAAGAGCCAAGUAUGAGGGUUAUCAAUCAAUCAAUCAUCUUACACACUAUAAACCAUUUCCUCUCUAGAAAUGUGUUUGUUGAGGGAAACUAGGCUAGCCCAAGUUUUCGUUAUUUUGGUAAAUUAUCUAUUUAUUGAAUGUGACUCUUGAUGAUGAAGAAGGAAUUGAAGGAAUGGUGUUGUAUUAA